AUGAUGGAAAAUGUACAUUCUGAAGUUUACGCGCUGCUUAUCGACACCUACAUCCAAGAUGCUCAGGAACGUGUACGCCUCUUCCGUGCCAUCGAAACUAUUCCCUGCGUGCAGCGUAAGGCUGAAUGGGCCCUCCGUUGGAUCCAAGACCCCCAUUCUUCGUUUGCCGUGCGCCUUGUCGCUUUUGCCGCCGUCGAGGGCAUUUUCUUUUCGAGCUCGUUUGCUGCCAUUUUCUGGCUCAAGAAACGUGGUCUUAUGCCGGGUUUGGCCACCUCCAAUGAAUUCAUCAGUCGAGAUGAAGGCCUUCACACCGACUUUGCUUGUCUGCUUUUUGGGCACUUGCAGUCUCGGCCUCCUCCUUCCGUCAUCCAGACUAUCAUCACAGAUGCUGUAGAUGUCGAAAAAGCUUUUCUUGCCGACGCCUUAGCCAACCGACUCUUGGGAAUGAACGAAAAGUUGAUGAGCCGCUACGUCGAAUUUGUCGCUGACCGCCUCCUUGUCGCCCUCGGCAACGAAAAGGUCUACUGCGUCCCCAACCCCUUUGACUUUAUGGAUAUGAUUUCUAUGGAAGGCAAAACGAAUUUUUUCGAGCGACGCGUGUCUGACUAUUCCAAUGCGGCGCGCACUUCGUCCAGUGUUCCUGUUACUAAGGCAAAGUUGUCAGUGUCUCUUCUUUAG